AUAAACAAUAAGAACAUGAAACAGUGGAACGUUUCUGCGCUGAUUAAGCAGCCUAACUUUAGUUUUAAGAGAGAAUCAGUGCGCUCUGCUCUGACUCCCUCUCCUCCCUCCCUCCUCCCCUUCCCCGUCUCCUCUGCGCUUCAUAAUCGGGAGCCAUGGUCUCGCGCCUCCUUUUCUCCGUUUUCCUCCAGGAUGGGAUUCAUCAGACAUCUGCGCUCCGUAAAGAACGAGCUCAUCCUCUUCUUAAGUCCAUGCGUCAUUCUUCCUCUCCCUUUGGUGAUCGGGACUUCGGAAGCAGAAUGUGCCUAUGUGAUCAUCCUGAUGGCCGUGUACUGGUGCACAGAGGUUCUGCCACUUGCUGUCACAGCACUUCUUCCUGCUGUCCUUUUCCCCCUUUUUGGCAUAAUGCAAUCCAAAGACGUGGGCAUGCAGUACCUAAAGGACACAAACCUGUUGUUUGUGGGAGGGCUGAUGGUUGCUGUGGCCGUGGAGCACUGGAACCUGCACAAGCGCAUUGCUUUGAGAGUGCUGCUUUUUGUCGGUGUACGUCCUGCCCUUUUGAUGCUGGGUUUUAUGGGUGUCACCGCCUUCUUGUCCAUGUGGAUAAGUAACACGGCUACAACAGCCAUGAUGGUGCCGAUUGUCCAAGCGGUGCUGGAUCAGCUCAACAACAGCGAGCGAGAAGUCCCUCAGAUCCUCAGCUCAGAGGAACAUGUCCAGACGUCAGAGAUGGACAGCAAACCUAAGCAGGGAGAGAAAGACAACGAGGGACGUGGCCCAGUGGUGGUGACUUUCUUGGAUGCUUCAGUAGAGGUUGCCAGGCAGAAGGAGGCAGCAGAACGGAUGAGAAUGUGUAAAGGGAUGACCUUGUGUAUUUGUUACGCUGCCAGCAUUGGAGGCACGGCCACUCUGACAGGAACUGGUCCCAAUCUGGUUCUCAAGGGCCAGAUGAAUCAGUUGUUUCCUGAAAAUGAGGAUGUGAUCAACUUUGCUUCCUGGUUUGGUUUUGCGUUCCCAAACAUGAUCCUCAUGCUGACAGCCGCCUGGCUUUGGCUGCAGUUCGUCUUCAUGGGGUUCAAUUUCAGGAAGACAUGGGGCUGUGGAGCAGUGAAGACAGAAAAGGAAAUAGCUGCCUAUAAUGUUAUCCGUGAGCAGCAUCGUCUGCUUGGAUCCAUGUCAUUCGGAGAGAUAAGCGUCCUGGGUCUCUUCGUUUUGCUGGUGGUCUUGUGGUUCACGAGAGAUCCGGGUUUUGUCCCCGGCUGGGCGACACAUCUCUUCAACUCCAAAGCAGAGUAUGUGACAGAUGCUACAGUAGCCAUCUUUGUGGCCAUCCUUCUGUUUGUUCUACCCUCUGAACCUCCACGCUUCUGUUCACGGAGAUCUCAAAGUUUUGACACAAUUCUGCAUCAGCCCUCCGGCUCAACGCCUCGUCUCCUCACCUGGAAAAUUGCACAUAAGAAGACACCCUGGGGGAUUGUGCUUCUGCUUGGAGGAGGGUUUGCGCUUGCAAAAGGAAGUGAAGUAUCAGGACUCUCUAAGUGGAUAGGAGACCAGAUGACUCCUCUGCAUAACAUCCCUCCCUGGGCAAUUGCUGUCGUUUUAUGCCUGCUGAUUGCUACCUUUACUGAGUGCACCAGUAACGUAGCCACUGCUACUCUCUUCCUGCCUGUUUUAGCCUCAAUGUCUCAGUCCAUUGGAAUCAAUCCACUCUACGUCAUGGUGCCUUGUACUCUGAGUGCCUCAUUCGCCUUCAUGCUGCCUGUUGCCACUCCACCAAAUGCAAUAGUCUUCUCCUAUGGAUACCUGAAGGUUUCUGAUAUGGCCAAGACAGGCAUAGUUAUGAAUAUCAUCGGCAUCCUUUGCAUUACAUUAGCCAUCAACACCUGGGGCAAAGCCAUGUUUCACCUGAACACUUUCCCUGCCUGGGCCAAUGUGACAGGCGUGUGAGUCCGCUGCUGAAACGAGACACGAUCUACGCACGCCUCCCCAAAUGCAGGUGCCACACAAAGACCUAUGGUUAGAGUGGAAGCUCAGAACCAAACAGUAGGCUCAGUGUGUGGGACGGCUGUGCUCUCAUUGACGUGAGCUGAAAUGAAUAUGAGACGACGAGUAUAAAUGGCAGGUUUUUUCAUGUGUACGAUGAAAGUUUAGACUUUGAAGCCCCUGCAAUGUCUAAAAUAACCUGAUGUAUGUUUCCUUAAAUACAAAUAUUCUGUAGCAGGUUAUACAGUAACAACUUCUUACUUAAAGGUCAACUUCACUGAAAUAAAAUGUUUUCACUAAUAUUUCUGAUUAUAAUCGGUCACACUGAGCUUGUCAUUCAGGCUGAACAUGAAAUAGUCUCCUAAACCUGUCUCCUGCAUUAGCUUCUGAUAGAAAACAGACUAUAAACUCCAGGAUUUUAAAGCCUGGCAGAUCUACGUCACUCUGUCACUUAACAUUCAUAGACUCACCCAUCUUGACUCACGAAGGGGAAGGCUGUUGUUGGUUUAGCAUCCAGUAGAGAGCAGAGAACGUCUCGAUUACUAGAAGCUAACCGUUAGCAUUGGCAACUCCACACAUAACAGUACGUCUCCAGGCUUUUGAUAUUUGUGGAGUUAAACUUAAAUGCUGUAAAGCAAACAGAGUCAGUGGUAGAGGUGUGUUGUUGUUAGCCAAUCAGAGGCGAGAUGUCCAAAUAUCAGGAAAUAAGAUUCCUAAUUCAAGUCGUCUGCAGCUCAACUCUGAUCUGACUCACUUCUAGUUCCUGAAACGGGCGCACCAGAGCUUUUUUUGCCCCAAGUAUGACUUACAAGGCAUUUAUUCCUAAGUGGAGAUCACUGCAAAUGCAUUCAAAUAUGGGUUAAGUUGACCUUUAACAAAGAAAUUGUGAAGAAAAGAUGUAAAUAUUUUCUAAGUUCUGGUGUAGUUUUUUCACAUGUAUGUCUCCAAAAAGUUUUUUUUUAAAAUAAUCUUUCUUUUGUAUUAGAAAAUGUAACAAAAAAGUUUUUUUUAUUAAAGGUAUAACUUUUACGGGACUUCUGUUUGACUGUACAGAACACAUUGUCCUUUUUCUAUCAUUUUCGCUUGAAAUUAGGAUUUCACUCAGAAAUUCUAAUCUAUUUUAUGCAAUGUGAAACAUUUAUGCAGCUUAUUUGAAUUUGACUUCAUCACCAAAUGCAAUAAUACAUUUCUAAUUAAAUGUGAAUGCAUUAGGAAUAUCAGAAUACUGAGACAGGACCGGUUCAGCGACCUAAUGAGCACUUUAACUACUGAUACUUUUAUCUGCUAUAUUAUGUAUUUUAUUGCAUUAAAACCUUAAAUAAAAUAUUGCUUAGGUACUUGAUUUUAUUACAAUAGCCGUGUUUCUACCACCGAACUUCUGGGAAAUUUAUGAGAGGGGGGAAAUUGACUGGGAGAUGCGAUCUCUCGGUACUCUCAGCUGUUUUGUCUUCAUAUAAAUUUAGCCCUUUCAGGACUUUGAUGUCAUCUUAUUGCGACUGCUUUGCCAGGGGGUGGUAUCACUAAUCAGUGCCAAAAGGCAUCCAUGGACAUAAAUAACAAUUAAAGUUUUAUUCUGUCAAAGCACACCAUGAUUUCAUCCAUUUGGGGGACCAGAAGAGCAGCUGUGUGAAAUGAAAAGGGUAUUUUUUUUUUAUGGUGCUCGGAGUCCACAAAGGGCCGUGAAUUAUGGCAUUGUGGAGGGAUUUCCACCGCAGUUUUCCAUGUUAAGACUUUAGAAACAACAAUUUUAAAACUGUCGUUUCUUUCCAUUCUGCUCCACCAAUUAACAGUUUUGGCAAAGUUAAAUCCAAUCAGCAUGAGUUAACCAGAAGUCAGCGACUCUACCGGGACAUUUCUGAGUACAUACUCCAGUUCAAGUACUCCACUGGUCCCUGUAAUGGCCCGGAAAAUCGUUCUCUCAUGCAGGCUUGCUGAAAUAGAGACACACGCAUGCCGCGAAGGUCCGAGAAAAUUAUCCGGAGGUUUUUCUUUUGCUCAAAUAAAAACAAGAAUUUUUGCACAACUUGGAGUUUGAAAUGUUCAAGCAAAGCUUCCAUAUCAGCAGUCCUCACUGACAUUUUCUCUUCAUGGAAAUAUGAAAUAUAUAUUUGAGUUGUAUUCAAUAAUCAAUGUAUUUAUGUGAUUUUUGCACAUGUCAAAAGAAAAAUAAAAACACCUUUUUUCA